AUCUCUGCCAACUACAUGAAAAUGGGAAGCAAGAGUUACUUGAAGGUUUUGAUUCUUUGUCUUGUAGCAUUAAUUGGAUCAAGUCAUGCUCAAUUGCAACUUGGUUUCUAUACUAAAAGUUGUCCAAAGGCAGAACAAAUCAUUUUGAAGUAUGUUCUUGAGCAUAUCCCGGAUGUCCCAUCAAUGGCAUCUGCCCUCAUAAGAAUGCAUUUCCAUGAUUGUUUUGUCAGGGGAUGUGAUGCAUCAAUUCUUCUGAACUCAACAAAAACCAAUACAGCUGAAAAGAACUCUUUUCCAAAUCUUACAGUCCGAGGCUUUGAAUUCAUCGACCAAGUAAAGAGCCUUGUUGAAGCUGAAUGCCCUGGGGUAGUCUCUUGUGCUGAUAUCAUAGCACUGACAGCCAGAGACUCUGUUCAUUCCAUAGGUGGACCCUUUUGGAAUGUUCCAACAGGUCGAAGAGAUGGACUCAUCUCUAAAGCAGCAGAUGUCUUGAUUAGCCUUCCUGCUCCAUUUCACAACCUCACCACCCUCACAACACUCUUUGGCAAUGUUGGACUUGAUGUUAAUGACCUGGUCUUGCUCUCUGGUGCUCACACAAUUGGUGUUGCCCAUUGCUCAACAAUUGCAACCCGGCUAUAUAAUUUUACUGGUAAGGGUGAUACAGAUCCAACUCUAGACAGCGAAUAUGCAAAAAAUCUCAAGACCUUUAAGUGCAAGAACAUCAAUGAUCAAACCACACUUAUUGAGAUGGACCCUGGAAGUCGCAACACAUUUGAUCUUGGUUACUAUACUCAAGUGGUUAAGAGAAGGGGCCUCUUCCAAUCAGAUUCUGCAUUGCUAACUAGCUCUAUUACAAGGUCUAUUAUCACCCAACAGCUUCAGUCAACUCAAACAUUCUUUCUUGAAUUUGCCAAAUCCAUGGAGAAAAUGGGACGAAUUAAUGUCAAGACUGGGACACAAGGAGAGAUCAGGAAGCAUUGUGCACUUCUAAAUAACUAAGAAUCUUAUUGAU